CCCAAUGAAUCCAUGAGGUAAACACAGAAGUCUCAGUCACAUUAUGACUGAGGGCAUGGCAGUGUCCAUUUUCAAUCUGAAAAAGGGUCCCGACCAGAAAUGUUACUUGUCUACGUUCUCCAGAGAUGCUUGCCUGAGUUACCCCAGCACUUUGUAUCCUUUUUAGAAAUAGUUUUUGUCUGGCUUUGCUCAGGUUAGUUUAGUUCAGUUUAAAGAUACCACAUGGAAACAGGCCCUUCGGCCCACCGAGUCUGUGCCAACCAGCGAUCACCCCGUACACUGAUUCUAUCCUACACUCUAGGGACAAUUUACAGGAACCAAUUAACCUACAACCCUACACAUCUUUUGAGUGUGGGAGGAAAGCGGAGCACCGGACAGGUUUAGAGGGAUAUAUGGGCCAAAUGCGGGCAGGUGGGGCUAGUUGGGCCGAUGGGUCUGUUUCCAGGCUACGACUCUAUGAUACCCGGAGAAAAACACACCCGGUUACAGGGAGAAUGUGUAAACUCCAGAUAGACAUCACCCGUGGUCAGGAUGGAACCCGGAUCUUUGGCGCUGUGAGGUAACAACCUUACCGCCACCCCACCAUGCUGCCACUGUGCACCCAGCUCGGGCUGCAGCUGAACUGGGCUGAUUAAAUGUUGCACGCAUGAUAGAGUUGUGGACGGGGGCAUUGUUAUAGCAGGCACUGCCCUGUUUCCUGUAGUGCCCAGUGAUAAGCACGGCCUGUGGCAGGCACCAGCGGCCAGGACAUCUGACAGCUCCUCCGACGAGAUGCCAUCGGCACGCCUCACGGGACAGCAAGAUGCCGCCAUGCAGCACAAACCCAAACGGUUCAAGCAGGAGGGGGUCGAACUACAGCCGGGGCACAGUUGCCAGUCUUACACAGCACCACUGGAUCUGCGAAGCCAACAGGAGAUGCCCGGAACAUCGCAUGAAGCGGUAGCCACAGGUGGCCAGAAUAAGGCAGAGCAAGUUAAGACAGAGGAGGCAUCUCGCAACUACACCUAUCAGUUUUACAAUGUUCCUUCUGAGCAGCAGGAACGGCGAUGUAUCUCAGAUUUGUCAGACUCAUCAUCUGAUGAAGUCUCACUGAUGAAGCCCCCCGUUCAUCAGGCAGCUAACGGCCAUCACCCUGUACCGGCGGUCAAGCAGGAAGCAAGCUCCCACAAGAUGAUCUACGCAGGCUGGGAAACGUUGCCAGGUCAGAGGCACAAACCAUGGCACCAAGACAGCCCCUCGGACGAGAUCAUGAAAACCAAGACUCCCAUUUAUCGCACGACUGCAGCACGCAGUAGGCACGAGCGGAUGGUGCAAGAAGAGUCUCUGGCUGAAGGGCAUCAGAGCCAAGGCACUCCGUACACAGGGAAGCAGACACUCACACAGGUUCUACAGCAACUGGGGACUCAACGGCAUUUACGUGGCUUAUACAAAGAAUUCCCAGGAUCUUUUGAACUGCCAGAGGAACUAUCUCAGGACCAAUAUAGAGCACAGAGAAAGGAGGAUUCCACCUUCAAGAGGAGAAAUCAAUUUUGCAAAGGUGAGACCAGCUACAAGAGGGAUCUGCCCCUUGCUGCCAAGGUGCCGGCUGGGUGCAUUAAGAAGUCGGAGCUGGCUGCAACAUACCUCCUGCGCAACGUGUACUUCUCAGCCAAGGAGAUGAUGCCGAAUUCCUCGACUGAGGCUCUGAACGAGCUGUGUUUGAGCCAGGGUGUGGGCGACAUGGUUGACCAGCUCAGCAUGUACCAGCGCAGCAGGUCGAUCGAGGAGUUGCAGCAGGCCAUUGCCCGGGUGGUGGACGAAGGGAUCCUGAAGCGGGCGCGCUCCUGCAACUGCUUCAGUGUCUUGGUUGACCAGUCUGAAGAUUGCUUGGCCGAGCCCUGCCUCUUCCUCUACCUUCGAAUCACUGAGCAGGUGGCGGGAGGCUACGAGCCCAAGACCUACUUGCUGGCGGUGAAGGAGGUGGGGGGCGAGGAAGGGGUGACGGCGGACAGGAUAACGGGGGCGUUGAGGGAGGUGCUGGAGGAGAAGGAUCUGGACGUGAAGCUGCUGUGCGGGCUGGCGAUCGACGGCACGGCGGUGUCUGCCGAGUGCAGGAGCAGAGUGGUGGCCGAGCUGAGAGUGCAGAGUCCCGGCCUGCUGUCUGUCCACUGUGUGGCCCACCGGCUGGCCCUGAGCUGUGUGUCUGCAGCCGACACUGUCCCCUACCUGGUGAAGUACCAGCACCUCCUCGACUGGCUCUAUACGCUCUUGGCCCGCUCAUCCCAAGGCUGGGAUGGGCUGGACGCCGUGCGCAAGGUGCUGGGAGGCCGGGACACGGACAUCUUACCGUGCAGGUGGCUCACGGUGGCAGAUUCGGUAGAAGCCAUAAUCCGUAACUUCGGCACACUCAUCCCUCUGCUCCGGGACGGCCGUUCGGCCCGGAGUGCGAUGCUGGCAAAGGCCAUGUGCACCUACAAGUUUCUGCACUGCAGCCAUUUCCUGGCAGACGUCCUCCACCAGAUGUCCAUCCUGGGCAAGAGUUACCAGAGCCAGGACGACGUUGACUUCUCCAUCGUGCACCCUCUGCUCAAAUCCACGGUGACCACCAUCGACAAGCUGGGCGGGGGCGGGGACGCAGCCGGGGAGAUGCUGAAGAACCUUGUGGCCACGCUGCCGACUGGUGCAGACGGAGACGCAGAUGGCUCCUUCACCUUUCAGGGACAAGCGAUAAGGAGCGGGCCCCGCCAGCGGGCAGAGGCUGAGGCCACAUGUGCCGCCUUCCUGCACAACCUCAGCCGCGACCUGAGGGCCAGGUUCGCCGAGCCACGGGACGCCGACACCAUCACCGCCUUGACCGCUGUCUUGGACCCCAUGCACGCCUCCGACUCCAAGAGCCGCCACGUCCAGACGCUGACCGACUACCUGUCUACUUCGCUGGGGGGUGGCGGCCAGGGCGACAAGGAGCGCUUCGAGAUGAGCUGCAAGCAGGAGCUGAUCAGCUUCAUGAACUUUGUGGAGUGGCGGCCGGGCCUGCAGCCGCUCGCCAACACCAAGGACGUGUGCCGACUGGCCCUCAAGCAGCGGCUCAUGUUCCCGCUGGUCGGUUCGCUGGCCGAGCGCUUCCUCACCUUGCCCGUCGCCACGGCCGGUCUCGGCGCCACCUUCCACAGGCAGCACAUGCUGAGGAACAGGCUGGGCCACUCGCUCUCCGCCAGCUCGCUGGAGAACCUCCUGAAGAUCGCCAUGCACGGGCCUCCCAUCACAGAGUUCAACUUUGCAGCUACCUGCCACCAGCUGGCCGUCCACCAGGGCUAGCUACAGGAUGUAAACCCUGCUCUGGGUCUCCAUGGCUGCCAUGGGUUACAGGCCAGAAGGCAAAGGGAAGCAAAUCUGUGGCCAAAGUCUUGGAACCUUUAAAUGCUGGAGAAACGCUGCGGGUGCAGCAGCAUCUAUGGAGCGAAGGAAAUAGGCAACGUUUCGGGACAAAACCCUUCUCUACUAGAUCUCCUCUUGGAACCUUUAUCCAUUUCACGGAAUCUCUUUAGACUUUAUAGAAUAUGGCGUGGAAACGGGCCCUUUGGCUCACCGAGUCCGCGCCGACCACCAAGCACUAUCCUACACACUUAGGACAACUUACAAUUUUUAACCAAAGCCAAUGAACCUAGAAAUCUGCUCAUCAUUGGAGUGUGGUGGAGAACCGGAGCACCUGGAAAAAACCCAUGCGGUCGGUCACAGGGAGAAGGUAUAAACUCCAUACAGACAGCAUCCCAUAGUCAGGAUCCAACCCGGAUCUCUGGCAACGUAAGGCAGCAACUCUACCGCUGCGCCACUGUGCCGCCUCUAUAAAUCUCAAUCAGACUGUCUAGUACCCAAAUGUAGAAAUUCUGGGUGCAAAAUCUGUGACCUGACCAAAAACUCUCCAUCACUCUUUUUAUUUCAAAUAGAUCAGCACUAUUGAUAAUAGACCAAAAUGCUGGAGCAAAUCAGCGGGUGAGGCAGCAUCUAUGGAGCAAAGGAAUAGAAACAUAGAAAUUAGGUACCGGAGUAGGCCAUUCGGCCCUUCGAGCCUGCACCGCCAUUCAAUAUGAUCAUGACUGAUCAUCCAACUCAGUAUCCCGUACCUGCCUACUCUCCAUACCCUCAGAUCCCCUUAGCCACAAGGGCCACAUCUAACUCCCUCUUAAAUAUAGCCAAUGAACUGGC